UAUGAGCGUUAUGGUAUUCCUUGUUGGAGGAGAGUGUGUGUAGCUGUUAAAGAAGGAGGAGGUGAUCCAGCAUUAGCUGAUGAAAUAGCUCGUGAACAUCCUCUACCAGCUAUGCCACCUGCAGGAUCAACUAGUUCAAAAGAAAAAAGUGUCACUCCUGUAACGGAUGAGGUAGCUAUGUCACCAGCAAGCACUAACAGAGCAACAGGCACUAAUGGUCUUUCUUGGAAAAAUUUUGACUUAGCAAGCAAACUGCAUGAUCUACAAGAAGAAUUUGAUGAGGCAGUUAGAAUAACAAAGAAUUCCUUUGAAUCAAGUGAUCUACCAGAAAUCAUUGACUACCUCAUUACACACGCAAUGUCAUUACUUGGUCCUAACAAGAAACAACAAACAGCAGCUCAAGAAAUUGUUUACUCAGUUAAAAACGACUUUGAACAUAUUGAAACCAUAUCAGAUUUAUUUACCAUAUUGCAGCACAAAUACAUGUCAUGGUUCAACUAUAAACUAAUGAUAAAACUUGUUGGAGUAUUUCUAGCCAAAAAUCGUUUGUUAAAAAGAACUUGGUCAGCAUAUGAAAAGAAGUUAAAGGAUUAUUUUAUAAACAGUGGUGGACUAUUGAAAGAUGCUGAUGCCGUAGAGUUUGUGUACUUCAAUCAGUUAGAAGUUAUUAAAUAUCUUAUUAGUAAGAAUUGUAAUCUAUCAGCGACUGAUAAUAAUGGGUCUGGAGCAGUUCACAUAUCCGUAGCGACGGGUCACUUAAAUGUAUUAAAAUAUCUCAUCGAUAAUAAUUAUUGUAAUCCUAAUGUAACUGAUAAUCAAGACCGUACACCACUACAUGUUGCUGUAUCAGCUGAACAGCUUGAACUAUUAGAAUAUUUAUUAGCAGCUAAUCUAAACUUAAAUAGUUUUAACAAACAAGAUAAAGAUGGUGACACACCACUACACUUUGCUUGUAUGAUAGGACAGCAGAAGAUGGUAUCACUUCUAUCCAGGUUUACUAAUAUCAAUAUUGCUAACAAGAAAGGACAGACACCAUUACACUUAGCAGUUGCCUCUGGUCAUAAGGAUACCACUGAAGCUUUACUAUUCUCAGUCACUGGUAGUUCUAAUCAUCAUAAUCUCCUUACAGUUACUGAUAAUGAAGGAUCUAGCUUGCAUUUAAAACCUCGUCCACAAGAUAUUGAAAUAGCUCAAUCUGUUAAUUCUGAUUCAUCAGUAGUUAAAUAUCUUCAAGAGAUACAUUAUGAUUUAUUUGUUUUUGAACGAAGCAAAGUGAAUGGAUAUCAUUAG